AAACCAAGAAGGCUGAGACAAAACAGAGAGGAAGCUGAAAUGACAAAAAUGUCCUCGAGUGCAUGCUCCGUGUAUAAACGAUAUCGUUUGGCACCUGCAGUAGCUAAAGUUUUGUAGAGGAAAGGAAAAAAAUAAUCUAGGGGAGACGAUUGAUUGAUUGAUUGAUUGAUUGGUGAGAACAUCUCUAGGAUACAAAAAAAAAAAUCGAUGGCGACUUCGAAGCUUCAAGCUCUCUGGAAUCACCCUGCCGGUCCUAAAACCAUUCAUUUUUGGGCGCCCACGUUCAAGUGGGGUAUAAGCAUAGCUAACAUUGCAGACUUUGCCAAACCUACUGACAAAAUUUCUUACCCUCAACAGCUUGUUGUUACAUGCUCUGGAGUUAUCUGGUUUCGCUACGGCAUGGUUAUCACUCCAAAAAACUGGAACCUCUCUAGCGUUAAUCUUGCUAUGGCCGGGACUGGCAUUUGCCAGCUUGCUCGUAAAAUCAAAAACGAUUUUGCAUCUGAAGUGGAGCCUGUUGUUGCCAAAGAAUGAUUAAUGACGAAGAAGGAUCUUCUUGCUUGUGCUUGAUAAUCAUCAUCCCCAAAUAUUUGAUUUUUAUUUUAACACUCAGACCUUCUUGGUUGGAUUAAGAAACCAAUUUUCCAAUGUUUUUCAGUACAUCAUACGUUCUCUAAAGUGAUAUCAAACGUUUCAAUGA